AUGUAUAUAUAUCUAUUGUGGUUAUAAUCUAUGGUUAUUGUUAAUUUAAAAUAACCUACAAAUUGUAAAAUAAAAAUAAUAAAAACAAAACUAAAAGUAUUGUUUGUUUGUUGUUAUUAUGCACUAGAAAUUAACUACCGUAUUCCUUUGUUUUAUAUUAGUUUUAAUUAUUGAAGUUACAGAAGUUAAAACAAAUGAGUGAAGAAAAACAAAAACGUAUUCUUGAAUCUGAAGAUGAAAACGGUGGCACUGUGGGAUCGUCUUCUGUAAAACUUUUGACAAAAAAGAGGAAAGUGUUGCCUUAUGAAGACCUUUAUUUGGAGAAUCUGCCCUCUGCAGAAGCCUAUGAGAAGAGUUAUAUGCACAGAGACGUAGUCAUUCAUUGUGUAGUUGCUGCCACGAAUUUUAUUAUAACAGCAAGUUGUGAUGGACACAUAAAGUUUUGGAAAAAAGUUGAGAGAGGAAUCGAAUUUGUCAAGCAUUUUAGAAGUCAUUUGGGACCUAUUACUAGCUUAUCAGCUAACUGUAAUGGAACAUUGCUAUGUUCAGCAUCAUCCGAUAGAUCAGUGAAAAUUUUUGAUAUACUUAAUUUUGAUAUGAUUAAUAUGAUGUAUAUGAAUUUUGUGCCAGGUGUUGUGGAAUGGAUACAUGGUGGUGGUGAUGCAAUUCAAACAUUGGCUGUAGCAGAUGCUGAAUCUUCACACAUAUACAUUUAUGAUGGAAGGGGUACCCAGGAUUCACCACUUAAAAUAUUAGACAAAAUGCAUAUGAACACUGUCAUACUUAUUAAGUACAAUCCCCCAAUGGAUACAACAAUUUCAGUGGACAAAAAGGGCAUGUUAGAAUACUGGAGUGGACUUAAAGUUGACUUUACCAUUCCAAGGUGUGUGUCCUUUGAAUCAAAACUGGAUACACAUUUAUUUGAAUUUGUUAAGAACAAGACUGUUCCAACAAGUCUUGCAUUCUCUCCAGAUGGAUUAAAAUUCGCCACUACCUCAUUAGAUAGAAGAAUAAGAGUUUUUAAUUUCCUGACAGGCAAAAUGUUGCGAAUCUUUGAUGAAUCCCUACCCCGCUUUACGGAAUUGCAGCAAAGCAAACAACUCUUGCCAAAUAUGGAAUUUGGUCGCAGAAUGGCUGUAGAACGAGAUUUAGAAAAGACCGACUCAUUUCACUUGGCUAACGUUAUAUUUGAUAAAAGUGGUUAUUUUAUAUUAUAUGCCACAAUGUUGGGUAUUAAGCUGGUUAACAUCCAUACCAACACUUGCGUAAAAAUAAUCGGAAAACAGGAAAACUUCAGAAUUCUACACAUUGCACUUUAUCAAGGUUCUGCAAAACGUUCGAAGGCUACUGUGACAUUUGAAAUGGAAGCAUCAGAAAACCCUACGCUGGAAGCUAUUCAGCCGGACCCUACUAUUGUCUGCACAGCUUACAAGAAGUCUCGUUUUUAUCUCUUUAGUAGACAUGAACCUGAUGAGUCUGGUUCGACGGGAUUGUCAGAGGAGAGAGACGUAUUCAACGAAAAACCUAGUAAAGAGGAAACGAUGGCUGCUAUGGAAAAUCCACAACAACAACGACUUUUCGAUAGCGCUGUUAUACACACAGUCUUUGGAGACAUUCACCUUAAGCUUUUCUCCAAAGAUUGUCCAAAGGCUGUCGAAAAUUUUUGCGUUCAUAGUAAAAACGGUUACUAUAACGGUCACAUUUUUCAUCGUGUAAUUAAAGGAUUUAUGGUACAAACAGGGGAUCCAACAGGGAACGGAACAGGAGGCGAAAGCAUAUGGGGAGGGGACUUUGAAGACGAAUUUGUUUCACAUUUAAGACACGACAGGCCAUACACUGUCAGCAUGGCUAAUGCGGGUCCUAACACGAACGGUUCACAAUUUUUUAUUACGUUAGCUCCCACCCCUUGGCUUGAUAACAAACACACUGUGUUCGGUAGGGUAGUUAAAGGGAUGGAAGUAAUACAAAAUAUCGGUAACGUUCGGACUAAUCCUAAAACCGAUAAACCUUAUGACGACAUACGAAUAGUUUCUAUAAGUGUGAAGUAAUAC